ACUAAUCAUUUAAGUUGCUAUGUAAUAAGAAUUAAAUUAUGAAUAUAUACUUCAAUAAGAAUAAAUUUUAUUAAUUUGAAUUGUGUGUUAUGGAUAGUUAUGACAAUUAAAAAAGCUCAAUAAUUCGAGGAGAUAUAAAAAGAAGAAGACAGGCGCGUUAACGUGAUGUUAUAGAGAGUUGUUGAUAAACACAAAAAAAAGGAAACACCUUACAUCAACUUGAAAAAACUUUUUACAGUAAAUACUUUAUAUUUUUAAAUUAACGGUGAUUCAUCAAAAAUAAAACUUUAUUAAAAAUUGAUAAAUUUCAUGAAGAGAAAAUGGAUCAGCUUUCUGCCGAAAAACGAUUAUCUCUUGCAUAUUUGCUAGUUAUUGCAGCAGGUGCAGCAUCUAGUAUAUCAACUGGAGUUGCUUGGAGUCAUUGGUACAGAACAUUAGAUCAGUGCGUUGGUCGCAAUUGUAGUUGUAUUAUAUAUGGAACUCACACUAUGCAAUACUUCCUUGGAGGUGGUCAAGCUCCAUGUAUUUGGGUAACUUUUGGACCACUUAUUUACUUAUUUUUCACAAUUGGCUUGAUAUGUUUCCAUGGAUAUAGAGUACUUUUUACGACUAAAUCUCCAAGUGGUAGAAGUACUAGAACUAUGUUAGCAAAAUUAGAUACAGGGGAAUCAGUGCAAAUAGAAGCCAUAUCUCAAGAAACUACAAGUCACCUUCCAACAGCUUAUUGGAUCAUUGUGUCUACAAUCACAUCUUUUUUCACUAUAUAUUCAUUGAUUCAUUUCAUCAUAUAUUUAGAUGGUUACUAUCACACUUGUAACCAAUAUCGUUCUACAUUGGAAAGACUGCUCAGUUUACAUGGUUCAGCUUUGCCCGUUAUUCAUCAGAGAUUAAGUUGUUCAGGGAUAUUUGAUUUUAUGGAUUAUAUGCAAACAGAUUCCGGUAAUGCUUAUCGAGAUGGUAUUAUUAAUACAGGUGCAUGUCUUAUAAUAGGAAUUGUAUCAUCUUUCUUUAGUUGGACUGCAUUUUUGAGUACUAGUGUCAUUAAUAUCAUGGUGGCAAGAAGGAAUAAUGAGUAAUAUGUUCAGAACAAAGUGUCAUGUUAGAUAUAUAAAUAUAUAUAUAUAUAUAUAUAUAUAUAUAUAUAUAUAUAUAUAUAUAUAUAUAUAUAUAUAUAUACCGAGUUGGAUUUUUAAAAAUUCUCGACGUUUCGGCCAUAAUCAAGAGAUGGGUGGGGAUAGGGUAGAUAUUCGUUCAUUGGUAAGAAGUGGUCCGAUUUUGUGGUCUCAAUAUGCCUACUCCGCGCAACGAAUCACCACUUUUUGGUGGUUUAUUCAAAAUGAUUAAAAUAGAAAAUAAAAAUAAUAUGCUUACCAUCACCAUAUGCCACUGUAUAUAUAAAUAAGGGAUCAUGUUAGGCUGUGACCUCUAAUACGUUGGCUUAUGAUUGGAGGGCAUUGUGUAACUAGGUGAUCUAGACUUUCAUGCUCUUCCUCAUAGAACUUGUACUCGUCAGUUUCUUCGAUACUUAUGCAGCAUGUUUUUACUCAAGAUAUUUCUUAGAUCCAGCAGUAUUAAAUAUUUGGGAGUAUCUGUAGGAGUGAUCCGUUUCUGGAAGAAUCCACCAAAUAAUUUACACUUUGUGCUCCUUUUCUGGCAAGCACAAUAGUUUUUUCAUUUCUGUAUGACCAGGUGGACAAAUUGUUCUUGUCUAGUUUAUUUAGUUUCCAAUGAUAUUCCUAGAUCAGCUUUGAAUUGAUGUUGUGGAAGCUCAAUGCUUUGAUAGCAGUCUGACUGUCCGUAUGAAUGACUAUUUUAUAUUUCUGACAUGACACCUCAAUUAUUUAAUGUUUUUGUCUCCGUCCACUAAUUUCUAUUUUAUUCCUGGCUGCGACUAAUGUAUUUAAAAAGUACAAAAAUUUAUUCUAAACUUGUGCCUUUAAAUCAAUUUCUGUCCAAAAAUUAUGAAAAAAAUAUUUUAAUCAACUGAAAUUUGUUUGAUUUUAAGUGGAGAAAAUUUACUAAAUAUGAGUUUUAAAACUCUGCAAAAAAUUGUCUACAAUAGUUAUUGAGUAUUGUUUUUCUAAUAAAAUUAAUUUAUUAUACUUUAUUAUUAAAAGUUAUAUAACUUUUUCUAUGUAAAGUGAGUUAUGCAGUGGUGGAUUUACAGAUUACAAAAAACAUUAUUUCCAGCAAAUAAAAUUUCAACUUGUAUGUAUUACUUUUAAAAUAAGGAAGAUAUGUUUUGAAAAUAUUCAACACUGAAUAAAACUUAACAAUGAGUAACCUUAAUACAACAGGGUAUUUCAAAAAAGGUGAUCCCGUCUCUAGUAUAGAUAGGAAACAGAAAAAUAUUUGGUGUUUGUUCAGUGAAAAAUUUUCGUAACUUCAACCGUAUUCGAGAGGGCGUUGAAGAAAAAACAGACAUUUUUUACGGUUUUGCCGCAAUCACUGGCGACAUUGUAUUGAAAUUUUAUUCUAAUAUCUUUUGGAAGCUGAUACAUCAUAGAGGUAUUGAACAUAACAUUUUCAAUAUUAAACAUUAUUUAAUUUUACACCAAAAAGGUACUUUUAAUAAAACUAGAUACUGGGUACCGUUUUCGAAAUGGAAAUUGGGACUGACGGCUUUCGUUUCUUGGAACGUUUCCCAAAAAUCCAGUCUAAUCAGUAUGGGAUCUUAUUUUUCAAAGUUAAAUAAGUAUGGGCACUAAGCUAUUUGAGGCCUUAGUAUGAAACAAACAACAAUUUGAUGAUUAUGUAUUGUGGUUUUGGGACUCAAACUGUUGUUUGUUUUUUGCUAAGUUAAAAUAGCUGAAUACCCAUAAGUUUAUGCUAUAGAGGUAAAUUUACCUCAAGAAAUAAAAGACAGAAUUCAACGUCACUUUAAUGUCCUCAUAGCUGACUCCUAAUUGUUUAGAAGAUUAAUGGAUUCUUUAGAAGAAAGGAUAGACUUGUGUAUUUGUGAAAACGGAGAACACCUACUCUAAUUUAAUUCUAUUUUAUUUUAUUACCUUUUUUUAAGAGUACUUUUUUGGUCUAAAGUCAAGUAAUGUUUGUUUACUUAAAAUUUUGUUCAAUAAAACUAAUAUUGAAAAAGUUAUGUUCAGUACUACUUGGUACGAACCGUAUAACUAGCGCCCUCUAUGAGAGUCAGACAUAAAAACAAAUUCAUUGAAUGUAUUAGGUUUCAAAACAUAUUCGUAUAAAAUUUCAAUACAAUGUUGCCAGUAGUUGCAGCAAAAUCGUAAAAAAUGUGUAUAUUUUUUUUCUUUAAUGCCCUUUAUAUUGAAUACAAAUGGCGUUACGAAAAUUUUUUACUGAGAAAACCCCAAAUAUUUUUCAGUUUUUUAUCUAUCCUAAAGAGGGAAUCACCCUGUAUUUUUUAGUACAUUUAGAAAUAAAUAUUUUUUUCUUGAUUA